AUGAGCGUGUUUUCUAUUUAUGUUAUUAGCGAGUCUGGUUCUCUUCAAUAUAGCUAUGACCAUGCAAUUCCUUUAGUUGAAGUGGAGAAAUCUUAUAAUUAUCCUCUUCCGUUUACUUUCAAAAUGCAUGAUGGCUACUUGAUUGUUGAUUUUGGUGCAAAGGAUGAAAUCAAGAUUGGUUAUGCUGUUCUUUCCAUUAAUGGAAUUCCUGCAAAAGGAGCGAUUCUCGAAGAUGGUCGCGAGAUCUUGCAGGUUUACUAA